UCAGAGGGCAGCAGCAGCAGGCAGUGAAGAGGGAAGCAGCUGCUGGUGUCAGGAGCACAGGGAGUGAUCAGUGUCUGUGAUCAUGGCUGGCAGCAGGCUGGAGAAAUUCGGCACCAUCUUCACCAGGGUGAGAGAUUUGUUGCGCUCUGGUGUCAUGAAGGAGUCGGAGAAACCUUGCUGGUACGAUGUUUACGCCGCGUUCCCCCCAGACCAUGAGCCAGUCUACCAGAAACCAAAGGAGAGGUUUGGAAAAGUGCAGGACCUCGUCCAGGAGAUUUUCUACCAGGAAGACACGAUUCGAGCGAAAUUCUACGAGGUGUAUGGGAAUGGGCCUAGGCCAUUCGACCUCACACGAUCCAAUUUCGUCUCCACAUGCCAAAGGUUCGUGGAAAAGUACCAAGAACUGGAGGCACAGGGUGAAGUUGAUGAAGAAAAGUUAUUUGAGGCAACGAGCAGGGCACUCCUGGUAGAGGGAGUCAUGUUACGAAGGAGAGGCGGGUUGGGAAUCUCAAGUUUUGCGAGUGGCAGCGCCCAGGAUGCUACGAAACGGGACCCAGUGUUGGACCUGAAGCUGCAGGACCUGCUGAAGGGGAUGCAGGAGGAGCAAGAAGUGCAGGCCCAAAAGGAGGGCCGCCUUCAGGCACCAGACGAGGCCCAGCCGCAUUGACAUGAUUCUGUGCUCCAGACCAUUAAAAACUGUUUUAUGGUGCCCAUGGAGCAGCAUCUCAGUCACAAAACAGUGCCGAAAGGAGGGGGGGAAAAUGAUAUUAAUUUAUUUUUAAAAAACAACCAAUUUAUAACUGAAGGCAAUACGAAUAUGUAGCUGUGCUGGCAGCAUUGGGGUGAGGGCAGGGGGGGCGCUGGUCAUGGUGAGGGGAGAUGAAACAGGAUGUGCUGACUGCAACUUUGUCCCAUAUCUAAAUCCUCCAUUGGCACUCCGUUCUGGAGCUAUUACAGUCCCGCCUCCAAUCCCAGGGACUGCCCAUGAAGCACUAAAACGACAGGCAAGAUAGUAUCCCUGUGUCUUAUGGUAUUGUUAGGUGGAAAAUCUGGCUGUCAGUACCAAAAACCAGUCCCCCGAGGAGCAGGGAGUCCAGCUCCUUCUUUAAGGUCAGUCACUAACUCUUUAAAUAUAACCUGUUAUUUACGACCCUCAUUCUAAGUAAAAGUUGCCUUAAAUGCCAAUGGCAUUUUCCAAAUAAUCUAUUAAAAGAAAUCAGCUUUAGUAGCUGCUGGUCCAGGUAAUUACGUCAGUCUGAAAUAUCUCCAGAACUGAGUGCUAAUAGAGGAUUUAAGAUAUGGGACAAAGCUGCAGUCAGGACAGCCUCUUUUUGUCUCCCUCCACCGUGGCCUGCCCUCGCCCCAAUAUCAUUUUCCUCACCUCCUUUCGGCACUGUUUUGUGACUGAGAUGCUGCUCCACAGGGACCAGCAGCCCUCCAGUUAGCUCAGCUACAUGACCGUUGUUCACCUGUCAGAUGGGAAGACGCUCAGUGUCGACUAGCUCCUCGACCACCGUGUGCAAAACCUGGACACCAGUACAGCACUGUAUGUGGAGAGAUAUGCUGGUUACAGCCCUGUCACUGUCUUGAGCGCCACGCUGGUAAAAUUAUAAAGGAAAGCAUUGGCUAUUCAAAUGGAUUCUUUGUCGUUGCAGCACAGGUGCGUGCGUUUAGACCUGGGCCUCCCAAACUGCGGGUCACGAACCCCAACGGGGGUCACGGGACGAGCAAUUGAGGUCGCAAGCUCCGAGGCAGUAAUGGCGGCUGUGGAGUGGAGACUCCCACUUUGACAGUCCUAGCAGCGGUUGCCAGGCCCCUUUAAAUGUGCGUGCCAUUUUUUUUUGUGGCCUGUGGGCGUGGCCUAAGCCAAUGAGCUCUGAGGCCCAAUCGCUGGCUCCAACAGAGCCUGCAAAAUGGUGGGGUCUCAGUGGUCCUUUGUGCCUGUGUCCCUUGCUAUUUGAACUCCCACCCCGUUCAACAACUUCCCCACUGCAACCCCCCCCCACCCCCACCACCACCCCGGCCAAACCUGAAUUUUCACUCUGGGUGGGUCACAGCACGUGUGGGGCAUUAAAAUGGAGUCACAGCAGAACAAAGUUUGGGAAGUGCUGUUUUAGACUAUGUGGCUGUCUCAAGUACCUUGAAAUCUGAAGCACUUUGACCAUAGAUUGGAAUCACCUUCUUUGGCUGUUUUAAUUAUUAAAAAUAGUCUUUUCUCCA